ACCAUAAAAAGUAAAAUAUUUUUCUUCAACAUUCAAUUUUUUGAGCAUAUAGACAAAAUUCCCAUAUCUCAAAAAUCCAUAUAAAUUCCAUAAACCUUCAACAACAACAACAUCAAUUUCAAUCCAAUUAACAAAGAAGAAAGAAAAACCUAACCUAGCAUGGCUUCAUCCAUUUCAACUCUCAAUUCAUCAAUGUUACUUCCAAUUUCCAAAGAACAAAACUACCCAUCUUCCAAUUUUCAUUCAAUUAGCUUAAAGUCUGCAUCUUUACCUUCAAAAAUCUCUUGUUCUGUCACUAGAGAUGCUUCCUCUGUUCUCCCAUUGCAGGAUCAGAACAAGGUUGAAAAUGGGUCGGUUGUUCCUCUAAGACCCGAUUCGUUUGGGAGGUUUGGGAAGUAUGGUGGGAAAUAUGUUCCUGAAACUCUUAUGCAUGCUCUUACUGAGCUUGAAGCUUCGUUCUAUGCACUUGCUGCUGAUGAAGAUUUUCAGAAAGAACUGGCUGGGAUUCUAAAGGACUAUGUUGGUCGGGAGACACCUCUUUAUUUUGCAGAAAGGUUGACGGAGCAUUACAAGAGGCCUAAUGGUGAAGGUCCUCAAAUUUAUUUGAAGAGGGAAGAUCUUAACCACACCGGAGCCCAUAAAAUUAACAAUGCUGUUGCUCAAGCUUUGCUUGCCAAGAAAUUGGGCAAAAAACGCAUUAUUGCUGAAACCGGAGCUGGGCAGCAUGGAGUUGCAACUGCUACUGUAUGUGCUCGAUUUGGUUUAGAAUGCAUUAUUUAUAUGGGUGCACAGGAUAUGGAAAGGCAGUCACUGAAUGUCUUCAGAAUGCGUCUUCUUGGUGCUGAGGUGAGACCAGUCCACUCUGGAACUGCUACACUUAAGGAUGCUACAUCCGAAGCUAUAAGAGACUGGGUAACUAAUGUUGAAACAACUCACUAUAUUUUGGGUUCUGUCGCUGGACCGCAUCCAUAUCCAAUGAUGGUGAGAGAGUUUCAUGCUGUAAUCGGCAAGGAAACCAGAAAGCAAGCAUUGGAAAAAUGGGGAGGGAAACCAGAUGUUCUGAUUGCAUGCGUCGGUGGAGGUUCAAAUGCCAUGGGACUUUUCCAUGAAUUUGUUGAUGAUACUGAUGUUAGGCUAAUUGGUGUGGAAGCUGCUGGCUUUGGCCUCGACAGUGGCAAGCAUGCUGCUACAUUAACGAAAGGAGAAAUUGGGGUUUUGCAUGGAGCUAUGAGCUAUCUGCUGCAGGAUGCUGAUGGACAAAUUGUUGAGCCUCACUCUAUUAGUGCAGGGUUGGACUACCCUGGUGUUGGACCUGAACAUAGCUUUUUGAAAGACUUGGGACGUGCUGAAUAUUAUAGCAUCACUGAUGAUGAAGCAUUGGAAGCUUUUAAGAGAGUUUCGCGACUCGAAGGCAUCAUUCCAGCUCUUGAGACAUCACAUGCCUUGGCUUAUCUUGAGAAAGUAUGUCCAACUCUUCCUAAUGGAACAAAGGUUGUGGUUAACUUCAGUGGCCGAGGUGAUAAGGAUGUUCAUACUGCUAUCAAGUACCUGAAAGUUUGAAGAAGGUUUCUUGUUCUUGAAUUGAAUAAUGGUUUAGCUGCUGAAUGGUUGGUUUCGUUUUCAUACUUAGAGACAGGAUUAGUUCACUUUAAAUUCAUGAAAUGUAAUAUAUAGUCAAAGAACCAUCUGCGGCUAUACAGUCUCGAAUAAUUAUCUGUUUUGAAUGUUAUGAGUAAGGUAAUAAAUGAUACUAAAAUAUGUUGUUGAAA